AUGCAAAGAAAUGCGCAUGAUUCUCCUGUAUAUCUUGGUUUCGGAAACGCUUUAGAAAUUGAUAACUUGUAUCGCCUUCGAAGUAUAUUUUUACCAUUGGGGAAAAUCGGUGGUAAGCCGUCAUGGCUUAACCCUCAGUAUCUUCCUACAACAGCUGACUUGCAGUGCAGUGUAACAGUUUUUUUUUCGUUAUCCUAUCACGUAACUCCUGCACAAUCAUUUCCAUUCCAGAUAUGUCAGAAGGCAAUGGCCUUUUUGAUCCAAAUUUAUGCAACAGGUGAGAACGACCCUCCUCACGCUUUUCAUCGAGCCCUUUUCAUCUUCAUCUGUCGUGAUCCGGAGUGCUCCAAGAGCAACGACGCAUCUAACAUAGCUGUGUUUCGCUGCUGCCUUCCACGAGAAAAUCCAUACUACUCUUUUGAAGGACCAAUGGAUCCCGAUUUAGGUACUGCUGCCGUAACCACCAAGCACUGGAUUGGACAACCGGACACAAGCAAUCAUGUGGCACAGGAGACGAUCCUGCCAUGUCUGCUCCUCUUGAGAAUCCAUCCAACAGAUUUCUUUUCAAAGAGUACGGCAUUGAAAUGGAUC